UUUAAUCGAGUUGCACUUUUAUUUUUAUUUUUAAACUUGGUCUAUGCACAACUUUGUUCGACGUUCGCACUUCUUUCAGUGCACUGUCGGCUAGGUUGGUACACCGCAAACAACAAUAACAUUGCAGGGUAGUCGGGGUCUUCUUGUUGUUCUUGUUUGCUAAAGGAAAACAAUUGAGCAGUUCUGUUCUGCAGUCGGUCGGGUCAACUGACGACAUUUUACCAAGUGCUGUGUCUGUUUUCGGACAUAUUUUUUUGACACUUCUCACGUUUGCGAUUCAUCUUCACUCUGAAACCUACAGGGAAUUGCUUGCGUUUGCGACUUCAGCAAACAUUAUCCACCAUCAUUGAGGAAAAUAGUGGAGGGCCACCAGUGUCCGCACUGGUGGCAGACACUAGUCAACGACCUAGUUUAGACAUGUCAUCAAAUUCUGAUAUGAUUGAUGAUACCCAAGGACUUGACAUUUGUCGAGUCUGCCGGUCCGAAGGCCUUCCAGACCGACCUCUUUUCCAUCCAUGUAUUUGCACUGGAAGUAUAAAAUGGAUCCACCAAGAAUGUCUAAUACAGUGGAUGAGGUACAGCAGAAAGGAAUACUGUGAACUAUGCAGUUACAGAUUUUCCUUUACACCAAUCUAUUCACCUGAUAUGCCUCGACGACUUCCACUUCGAGAUGUUAUUAGCGGUUUACUUACAAGUGUUGCUACAGCAGUGCACUAUUGGUUACACACAACCUUAGUUGUUUUGGCUUGGAUUGGAGUUGUGCCUAUAGCAGCAUGUCGCAUAUAUCGUGUAUUAUUCAGUGGAUCUAUUCAAUCUGUUUUAGAACUUUUAUCUGUCGAAAAUGUGGCUCUGGAUAUGCUACAUGGAGGCAUUGUAGUCACAUGUACUCUGCUAGCUUUCAUUGGUUUGGUGUGGCUGCGAGAACAAAUUUUACAUGGGGGCGCCUUGGAUUGGGUGGAAAAUCAAGGUAUUGCUCAAGACGUUCAUGAUGAGCCUGUUGGUCAGGUAAUCCUUCACCCCAACAACAACAAUCAGCACCCAUUGAAUUGGCAGGAUGUAGCAGAGGCUGCGCAGGGGGGCGAUGUACCUGGGGUCAAUGCUGCUGAUGCUGCCCCUGAUGUGGACGCUGAGGGAGACGUUGGUGUUGGCGACCCAGUCGCACCGCCAGGGGAAGCAGCGGCAGAUGAAGCUAAUUGGAAUCCUAUUGAGUGGGACCGGGCUGCUGAAGAUCUGACUUGGGAAAGACUUCUUGGCCUUGAUGGAUCUUUGGUAUUUUUGGAACAUGUUUUUUGGGUAGUCUCAUUGAACACGUUGUUCAUUUUACUCUUUGCAUACAUUCCUUAUCAUGUUGGCCAUGGAGCAGUUGUGUUACUUGGGCUGCAUGAGUAUGCAAUGGCUGCCCAUUUUGAAGGCCUUGUCACCACUCUUUGUGGAUACUGUGCUAUUGGAAUGAUAUUUGUUAUCCUUCAAGGCUUAGCUUCUUUGUUUGGGCUUAUAAGAACUAAGCGUUUUUUGAGAUUGUGCUAUAUUGUUGUGAAGGUUUCGCUUUUGACCGUUGUCGAAUUAGGUAUCUUGCCUCUGAUAUGUGGUUGGUGGCUUGAUAUUUGCUCUCUGUCAAUGUUUGAUGCCACCCUCAAAGAUCGAGAGGCCAGCUUCCGCCUUGCACCAGGAACAGAUUUAUUUAUUCACUGGCUUGUGGGCAUGGUAUAUGUGUACUACUUUGCUUCCUUCAUCCUUUUGCUGCGUGAAGUACUGCGCCCUGGUGUUCUUUGGUUCCUCCGGAACUUAAAUGACCCAGACUUCAGUCCCAUUCAGGAAAUGAUUCAUCUGCCAAUUCUACGCCAUAUACGUCGCCUUGUAGCGUCUGUUGUUAUUUUUGGAAUGGCUGUGCUGCUCAUGCUGUGGGUUCCUGUGCGCAUUUUGCGUUGGACGUGGCCCACUUUCUUACCAUACACUGUGGCUUUGCACUCAGACACACAGGUCAAUGAAUUAUCUCUUGAACUGUUACUUCUCCAGGUGAUCUUGCCCGCGUUGCUGGAGCAGUCCCACUCGCGCAUUUGGCUCAAGUGGCUGGUGGGGCUGUGGUGCCGCUUCAUGGCGUGGUCCCUGGACCUGCACAGCUACCUGCUGGGCGACGAGGAGCCGCCGGCGCAGCAGGCAGCGGCCGGGGACGCUGCGGCCGACGCCGACGGAGUCCCGGACCCCGCGGGCGGUGCCGCCGACGGCCCCGGCGACGUCCACGCCGGCCACGUCCACGUCCACGCCGCCGAGCCCGUCGCGGCGCCGCCGGACGAGGCCGUGCAGGGCGGCGGCAUCGGCCUGGGGGGCAUGGGCGGCAUGGGGGGCGGCGGGCUGGGGGCGGCGCAUCUGGCGCUCUUCCAGCCACACGCCCCCACCGGGUACCGGCCCUUCAAGCGGCCCAGCCUGUUCUGGGUGCGCCUGGUGGCGCUGGUGCUGGCCAUGUGCGUGUCGCUGGUGCUGGCCAGCCUCAUCGCCCUCACCGUGCCCGUGUGGGUGGGCCGGCGCGUCAUGAACCUCUGCCUCGUGGGCACGGCCGCCACCACGGGCUCGUCGUCGGGCCGCAUCCACGAGCUGUACACGGCGGCCUGCGGGAUGUACUUGUGCUGGCUCGGCGCCAGGGCCUUCGCCCUCAUGCUCAGCUGGCUGCCGCAAGGUCGGGCCGCCAUGAUUGCCAGAGUGAAGCAGUGGUUCGUGUGGAGUGUGCGCGCCGCAGUGGCCUUCUCUGUCCUGCUGGGUCUGGUCCCGCUGCUCUUCGGCCUCCUGCUCGAGCUGGUCGUUGUGGUGCCGCUGAGAGUCUCUCUGGAACAGAGUGCAGUGCUCUUCAUGUGGCAAGACUGGGCCCUGGGUGUGCUGUACACGAAAAUCGCCUGCGCUAUUGCAAUGAUGGGACCAGACUGGUUCUUUAGGCGAACAAUUGAAAGGGCGUACAGAGACGGAAUCAGAAACAUGGAUCUUCGAUUUAUUUUAAAUGACUUGGCAGCGCCACUUGUAUUCUUCUUUGGACUGGCGUUAUCAAUUCCAUAUGCUACAGCACAUGGGAUUGUGCCUCUAUUUGUGCAAUCACCACAUCUAAAAAAUCUGAUUUCAAGAAGAAUCUACCCAUUUGUUCUUCUUGUAGGACUUGUAGCUGCAUUUGUAUGUUUCCAAAUUCGCCAGUUCCGGAAGCUGUACAAUCACAUCAAAGACAGCAAGUACUUAGUAGGCCGGAGACUUGUAAACUAUGACCCAAGAAGACACAAAUCUACGUCAACAAGGGAUUAAUUGUGGUGCAUAAUGUAGACAUUAUUCCAGCAUCAAAAGUAUUAUUGCUGGAACCCUUCACCUGGUCUAUUUACCUCAUUUAAAUUUAUUGAGUAACUCUUUGUCAUAUCGUUACGAUUAUUCAUACUAUACAAUGUACCUCAGCCUCAGUGAAUGUUUCUGAUUAUUUUUAUUUUUUUCUGUUUGCUUCUUUUUUGAUGUUAUAACUGCAUUAGAACAAACCUUCUUUCUUCUGUUCAGCUCUCAAACAGUGAGUUUUGAUCCUUGCACCUGUCCAGUCAGUAUUAAGUAAAUGCUUAGCAUUUCUUCAAAAACGAAAAUUUUAACAGUUGAUAUUUGACAAUAGUUAUGAAUUUUUCCUGCCACUUUGAUAGUUUGAAUUUAAUUGUAGUGAAUCUCAUUAAACUUUCAACAACUUUUGUUUUCAUUGUUGAAUGUUUGCAGUUCUGUGACAAUGUUCUAUAGCCUGCUAAAUUUAAAACUUUGGGUUUGAAAUAAAUUUUGUUUGAAAACAAGUCACUGAUGUUGCAGGACUUAUGAUUAUGUUCAAGGUCAGAUUUUCUGCUAGUGUACUCAUUUUUAAAAUUAUGUAUUUAUUUUUAUACUUCAUGCUUUACUUGUUUCUCAUACAGGAAUACUAUAAAUUUCUUAUCAUUGACAAAUGGUGAGCUCAAAGCAUCACAUACUUUCCUAUUCAGUCCGUCUCCUUCAUGUUUCCAAACCUUGUCAGCUGUCUAGAUGGAUAACCAAUUAUUUUUUAAAGCACUGUGUUCAAGUCUUGUAAUUAUUGAAGGUAAGGAUUUUGUCAGAGCCAUUACGAGUGAGACUGAUCGUGUACAUACUAUCAACUUAGAAAAUGAAAUGGCCUGAGCUUGUUAACAUACAUAGUAUGGAUGUGGAAGAACAGACAGAAGAUAAUUUUCCUGUCAUUGCCUGUAACUUGUAGAGAAAUGGUUAGGAGGUUCAUGAGGGUUCAGAAAAUACGAAUAUUGCGAGUUGCAUUUAAGUUACUCCCUUCAAAUUCUUUAUGAUUUACCCACAGUGAGAGGGUGUUGCUCAGUGAUAAGCUUCCCUUUGGCACCAAUCACCAAAAUAUGAAUUUUCUGUCACAUAGCUGGUACUCCAUCAGCAUGUAUUUUGAUGUGCUUCACAAAUAAACUUGAAUGUUGUCAAUUCUUGGUAAUGUUAAUCUGAAUGUUUGGAGUCUUCAAUUGAUCUGUGUGUCUGUGCAAGGUCCAAAAGACAUGUUGUGGUGCUAUUUCAAACUAUCCUCUUAAACUUACUUCAUUCUGAAUCUGUAAAGUGGAGGGAUUAAUUAGACUUUCUUAUACGCCAACGUUUGUUUUUCCGCUUUCAUUAAAGGGACACUUGUUUUCUUAUAAUCUGUCUCGUGAACUUUGUGCCACAGAAUACAUGUAUGUGAUAUUAUUAGAUGCUUGCAUCUUACAUGUAGUGUUUUCUGAUUUGGACUUUUUCAUUGUAGCCUUCUCCCUUUUUUUUCUUCUUACUUUUUAAGUAGAUUGUGGUGAUUGUUAAAAACAUUUUAUCAAUGAACCUUUAUGAACUAGUUUGAUACAAAAAUAAUGCAAAUUCACUUUUCUAGAUUAAAUUUAUGAAUCUAUGUCCUUGUUUUUGUUACAUGAUUCUUGAAAUAAUUGACUAUGUGUCAAUAAUUUCUAGCUUUAUUUCUGUAAUGUCUACUUGAGUAGGUACAGAUGCUGAGACUGUUCAUUUCAUGCUGUGAUAAGGAAAUGUCAAAAUAAGAUGCUGGGUUUAGAUGCAGUUUCGGUUUUCUUUAGCAGCUUCUAAUAGCUAUUCGUUUCACUUGUAACUUUACUUCAUUUUGUAAGAAUGUUUACAGUUGGUGUAUUUCCUUUCAGACCCAUGUACCACUAAGUAUGCACUCCUAUUCAAAGGCCAUUGAGGUGCAAGUGAACAAACGUAACAAAUGACGAAUGAAUGAUAAGUACUUACAGUGAGAGCAUUUUUCUCCUUGUUACCUUAUUUCUUGGGGCCAAUCCAUCUGUGCAUCGAUCAGCCGUUCAAAUAAAUAAACUUUCAUUACAGAUAAUAGAGCUGCCAUGAAAACCAUAUCCAGAGAGAGUAAUUAUUAUUAUUAUUCUUGCUUCUAAAUUGAAUGUGUUAUGUAAAUUAUAAAUGUUCCCAAACUACAUAUUUGUUAUUGUUCACAAAAUCUUCCUAGUGAAGUCUUGUGGGUACGUGGUUAUGAAUGAAUUUGUGAUUUAAUUAUCCUAGUUUUUAAGUGCAGAGGGAAUAAUAUUUGAAGUGUUCUGAUAGUCAUGUACAAUUUGCUGUAGUCAUUCAUGUUAUUCCUUCUUCAAUGAUUGUUUGUAAAGAUUUCUUUCACCUUUUUCUUGAGUUUUUUUGGAACAAUGAGUAGGCUCUAAGCCAAGCACCGACAUUUUAAGUUUUAUUUGUCAUUGUGACUAUUUAUGUAAAUACCAAUAUGAUGAUAAUUUUGCUUCCUUGUGGUACUUCUUCCGUACUUCAUGGAAACAUUUCUAUUAUUCAAUAAACAGCUCUGUUACAAUA